CACUAACUACGGAUACUCUAAGAAGACAAACUGCUGAAUUGAGGGAAUUCUUAUGUAGGUGCUAAUGUAUAGGUCAAACAUGGCAUCGUUUAUCUUUAGAGCAAACUUCAUCCGCUGUGCAGCGAGAAGUGUCGCCAGUAAACAUCGAACUCAAUAUCUGUGGUGUCCAGAGAAAAGUUAUGCAACAACAGAAGACAGCAAAGUACCCAAAAUAUACACAAAAACAGGAGACAAAGGGUUCUCCAGCACAUUCACUGGAGAAAGAAGACCAAAGGAAGAUCAUAUAUUUGAAGCAUUGGGGAAUACAGAUGAGCUUUCAUCAGCCAUAGGAUUGGCCAGAGAGUUUUGCCUUGAGAAAGGUCACACAUUCAUACAUCAACUGGAUAAGAUCCAAUGCAUUCUACAAGAUGUGGGCUCAAAUAUUGCAACUCCACGGUCAUCUGCAAGAGACAGUCAUAAAAAAAAAACAAAGUUCACAUCUCAGCCAAUUGCAGACUUGGAAAUCUGGAUUGAUGACUUUACGAAUGAACUUCCACCGCUCACCAACUUCAUUUUACCUUCUGGUGGGAAAAGUAGUGCAGCUUUGCAUUUAGCUCGGACAGUCUGUCGGAGAGCAGAGCGCAGCGUGGCUCCAAUUGUGCGCUCGGGGGAGGCCGAUCAAGAUGUUGCCAAGUUUCUGAACAGGCUGAGUGACUACCUGUUCACAGUUGCCAGAUAUGCAGCCAUGAAAGAAGGCAAAGAGGAAACAAUCUACAAGAGACCAGAAUAACAGAGGGUUAAAACAUAGUUUGUGUGACUUUGGAGUUUUUUUAUUAUAUCAAAAAAUAAAAGCACUACACAAUCAA